UUGUUGCUGUUUUUGUUGUGUUGCUUUAGUUUGCCCUUUUCUUUCCCCUCCUCCAGGCAGGCAGGAAAAGAGGCGGCAGCUGUGGCUGUAGCUGAAGCUAUCCGUCUGGCUGUGACCGUGGAUGUGGUCGUGGCUGUGGCUGUAACUGUGGCUGGGCUGGACGUGGCUGUGCCUGGCGUGGGUGAGGCCGUCCAACAGCAUGACACUCAAGACGUGGCUCGCCGGCGCCCACACGCCCGCACACAAGCACAACAAGACUGCUGUGGACGUGCUACCGCGUUACGAGGCGGCGGCCACGCCCCAGGGCUCGCAGCUCACGGCGCUGCCCAAUGGGGACGUGACGCUGCGGCGAAACCUCAAGAACCCAUUCUCGGCCUUGACGCGAGGGGGCGCGCGAGACUGGCGCGUGCGGAGCGUCGAGGACGUGCUUGACGCCGAGGGGGGUGACUACGGCUUCCUGGAGUACUACUCCCUCAGGAGAACGUCCUCGCGAGACACUUCCCUCACGGAGCCCCGUGCACCCAUCACCUGCGGCACGUGGAGCCAUCUGGGCCGCUGGGCGGAACACGGCCCGGCUCAGUUCUGCUCCGCCACGCUCGGCCGCGGAGAGAAGCCAGAGCGCAAGCGCACGCACAGGGAUCAGCGGCCGCGCAGCCACCAUCUGGACGAGGCAUGGCGGCCAGAGGAGAUCCGCACCUCCACGCCGCUCUCCUCCACCACGCCCUCCGCUCACCCCAAGCAGCCCCGCCCGCAGCCCCCGGAGAGCAGGGCGGAGUCCACCCGGCGAGGCGUCUCCAAGCGGAACUCUCUGUUAUGGCGGCUGCGGCCAGACCGCUGGCGGAGUGUGGAAGGCUCGCUGCGCCGCGCCCGCAGCCGCGACGACGGCCUCGACGUAGGCCGCGGCCACCGCAAGAGUGACCUCGGCGCCUCGCAGCCUGACCUCUUGACCUCACACCGCGCCCCCAGUGAUGCUGGUUACUGUGACCUGGUGCCGCCCCCGCCCUUCUCAAUCCUGCCGCCCACCACCCGCCGCGCCGCCCACAGCGAGACAUUGCCGCGCCGCACUCGCCACGCCAGCAAGGAUAGCUGCAACACCCUGCUGGCACGGGGCCGCCGCUGGCUGCACUGCUCCAGCCUGGGCCGUGCCGACCGUGUGGCGGACAGAAGCGAGUCUGUGCUGACGGUGGAGCCUGAAACCAUCAGGCCGCACCGCAGCAGCAGCAGCAGCAACAGCAAUAGCAGUAGCAGCAACAAACACAACAACAGUAAUAACAGUAACAACAACAAGUAUGACAACAGCUACAACAAUAAAACUCACUAUAACAACACCUACAACAACAAGCUGUCCUCGGCCAGCAGAAACAACAACCACCGCAAUGCCCUCAACAGCCUAUCCCUUAGCGGCCCUCCAGCGGCGGGGAGCCUCGGGCGAGAGGCGGGCGAGAACGAGCUGCGGCGGCGAGGCCGGGCCAGGUCUCGGCGGCCUCGCACCUUCUACUUGCUGGAGGAUUACUUGUCACCGGUGCGAGCGGCGGGCGUGGCUCCCGCCGGCGUGGUGCUGGACGAGUACGUGAGCCACGCACCGCGCCUCGUCUUCAGGGAGGCGGCCCACGAGGCGCUGCAGCGACCUCUGCCGCCCACGCCCGAGUGGGACACUCCAUCCCUCUCGCCGCCCUCCAGCGUCAUGACGGGACACUACUCCACGCCUCUGCAGCCGCACCACCACUCGGGGAGCGGCGGCCACAGCCUCUUCGUGGACGCCAUCAUCCCGUCGCCCGAGAAGAGCGGCGGCUCCAGCCUCUACUCGCCGGUGUUCUCGCCCAGGGACUCGGGCUACCCGCGCUUCAUCACGCCCGAGCUCGCCUUGCCGGAUCGCGCGCCCCCGCCCCUCAACGGCCUCCCCCAGCCCGGCCACGCCCUCUACGGCCACGCCCACUCGCAGACGCAAAGUUUCCGCAGUCUGGACAGGGAAGACCGACGGAGAACCAAAGACUCUCGCAAGAGCCCGGCGCACCACCGGGAUGCCGCCUACCACAAGCUGGGCCGCACCGCCACCGCCUCCCGCCCGCCGCUCUCCAGCAAGCUGCGGCAGAACGGCUUGCUCUCCGCCCAGAAGCUGCCAGUCCUCACCAACAAGAGCAACUCAUCCUCGAGAGUCAACCUUCCUCAUGACGCCACGAGCCGGAUCGAGGGAGACACCGGAGGAGGAGGAGGAGGAGGAGGAGGAGGGAGGACCAGGGACGGAGGAAUAGGGGGAGGAGGAGGAACAGGAGGAGGGGCGCAGGUGGGGCAAGGUGGGGCUGGAUCCUUACCUGUACUAAACAACAACAAAGGUGAGAUCGGACCGGACUCGCCGCGGCAGCCCAGAUUGAACUCCUGCAAAGUCUCCUCCUCCGCCAACGCCGCCGCCGCCACCUCCACUACCUCCACCUCCUCCCGGCCGGCCACCUCCUCCCACUCCCUCCCACUCUCGCCUCAGGAGGCACUCAAGAGCUACGGGGACCUUCUGACGGAGUACGAGCGGCGUGAGAUCGAGGCGUACCCGGACGUGUUCUACCUGGGCGUGGACGCGAGGAAGAUACACGGGGAGGAGGGGGCCCAGCUGAACGGCGGCUACGAUGAUGAGAACGGCAGCUAUAACAAGGUGAUGCACGACCACAUCAGUUACCGCUACGAGAUCCUGGAGGUGAUCGGCAAGGGCUCCUUCGGCCAGGUUAUCCGCGCCAUAGACCACAAGUCCGGCGAGCACGUGGCCAUCAAGAUCAUCAGGAACAAGAAGCGUUUCCACCACCAGGCGCUCGUGGAGGUGAAGAUCCUGGACCACCUGAGGAGGCGUGACCCGGACCAGCACCACAACGUCAUCCACAUGCUCGACUACUUCUACUUCCGCAACCAUCUGUGCAUCACCUUCGAGCUCAUGGGACUGAACCUGUACGAGCUGAUCAAGAAGAACAACUACCAGGGCUUCAGUCUGAGCCUCAUCAAGCGGUUCGCCUUCUCGCUGGUGCAGUGCCUCAAGCUCCUGCACCGCGAGAACAUCAUCCACUGUGACCUCAAGCCCGAGAAUGUGUUACUGAAGCAGCGGGGCAGUAGCAGCAUCCGCAUCAUUGACUUCGGGUCCUCGUGUUAUGUACAUCAGCGGGUCUACACGUACAUCCAGAGCCGCUUCUACCGCUCCCCUGAAGUCAUCCUCGGCCUCCCCUACGGCCUCCCGAUCGACAUGUGGAGCUUAGGCUGCAUCCUGGCGGAGCUGUACACUGGCUACCCGCUCUUCCCCGGCGAGAACGAGGUGGAACAGUUGGCGUGCAUCAUGGAGGUGCUGGCGCUGCCCCCGCACCACCUCCUCAUCGCGGCCUCCAGGCGCAGACUCUUCUUCGACUCCAAGGGCAACCCGCGCUGCGUCACCAACAGUAAGGGCAAGAAGCGCCGCCCAGGGUCACGGGACCUCGCCUCCGUCCUCAAGUGUUCAGACUCCCAGUUCGUCCACUUCAUCUCCCGCUGUCUCGAGUGGGACCCCUCCUCCAGGAUGACCCCCGAGGAGGCGCUGCAACACGACUGGCUCCUCUCCUCCCUCUCCUCCUCCAUGGCCUCCUCGUCCCCUCCGUCAGGGUCAGUGGGGGGCGGCUCAGAGCGCCGAUCGGGGGUGGUGAACGGCAGCCACGCGGGGGGGCACUCCAGGCGACACGGCCCCAUCACUCAGGACUCAAACGAGGAUGAGAACUACACUCUCUAUAAGGUGUAUAAGGGGAAGCGCCACAGAGACGUCAGCGUGAGUGUGGCAGACAACGGAGCAAAGCAGGACUGUUCCUCCGCCAAUGCCAACACCUCCCACGCCACCUCCACCACCACCAUGGUCGUCACCACCACCACCACCAGCACCACCACUACCUCCACCACUGGGGUCAACGGCAACCCAGAGACAACCUCCACCGAAAAUUCCCUCGACGAUUCAGGGACAUUUCUCCCGCCCAUCCUCUAAGGGAGAGUGUGUGGGCGAGGCGUGAGGCGCGCUGCCUUGUGUUUCCUCCCCCAAUGAGUCGUGGUGGCCACACACAGCCCCCGGUGGACCACAAGGAGGCUGGGUGAGCAGACAAGCUGUGUGUGGGUGGUUGCUCAGCCGUGUGUUGUGUGGACGGCUGCUCAGCUGUGGUGUGCGGAUGACUCGCUCUCACUCGCCAAGCUGUCACAGUGGCUGGUACAAUGGCUCUAGUGAUAUCUGACUUGUAACAUUAUUUUAUAGAAUGGUUGGUGUAAGAAGAGAGAAAUUAAAUAUACUAUUUUAUAAGUGUUAUAAGUGAUUGAUGACUAUAUAUAUAUUAUAUAUUUAGUAAUAAUAAAUAUAAAUUAAUGGUCUUGUCAGGAAAAAACACACAAUCUUAACUAGUCCUGUGUGUGUGGACUUUCUGCAAGAGACAGACUGCCUGUGAACAAAGUGUAACCUGAUGUGCCCUAAGCCGUGUAUAGACUAGCUGCCGUGUGUUAGGUGUGGCCCCCCUGCCCUCCUACACCCCUACCCCCUCCCUCCCCUCCUCUCCCCUCAGAGCUCAGUCCCACACCUCAAGGGAUGUGAGGCCUCCUCUCCCCUCCCCCAUUAGGCCUCAGUCCCACAACCAUCUCCCUCCCACUCAGUUAAUCUUUUUACCCACUACUAUGUCCUUAUGUUGAUCUUCACCCUGUAUGCUUUUUAUACAUUACUUCAUAUUUCAAUGAUUUUCUUAUUUAUUCUCUUUGAUUUCUAAGUCCUUACACACUCCUCCUUCCCUCCAUCAGCUCUGUCAGAUCCAGUGAUAUGUAAUAUUUGCAUUGCAUUGUAUGCAGUCACCUGGGAGGCAGAAUUGUUGGCUCCUGUGUUUUCCUUCCUUAGCUCAUUGUGUACUCUGCAUCAGUGAGGCCUAUGCAAUAUGGUAUGUACUAGCCCUAGCGUUCCCCCUUCCGUGACCCACAAUGGCUGGCCUCACUUGCAUAGGAGGUAAUAAGGAACAUGAAUUAAGCAAGGUGAAAAUACUAGAGCUGAAUAAAAGCAUUGCAGUACAAGUUGAAAGUAAUAAAUUCAAUAAUGUUGUCCUCAUCUUACCUCGAUCAUACUUGUCUUUUUUUUGUGUGAAAUUGUCAGUUAUUCUAAUCAAUCUACUAUGAUGAAACACGACAACUUUUUCUCCUGUGAGACUUAGCCUUAUCGCAGCUCUGUGAUAGCCUUAACAUAUCUCCUAAUAAGCCUUACCAAAGAUUCACCAAAGAUGUAUCUUUUAUACCCUUGUCAUGUCUGCCUGUGUGGGCAACAUUUAGUCUCCAAACCCCAAGUUCUACAUCAGGGCCACAAACACCCAGCCAGUCAGCCAGUCAGUACGUCAGUCACAAGUCUAAAGGUUUACCCGAGGCACUCUGACCCCAGUCACCUCAGCAAGGCCUCAGCAGCCUCAGCCAUCCUCAGCCCUCAGCUCAGCGAGGUGAGGGCUGGCAGGCCUCUGUCUGGCUGGCCUGUGUCUGAGUGAACAUAUGUUAUUCUCUUUGGUUGAAGCUUUUUAAAUUUGAUUAUAUGAACACAACUGAAUGGAUAAUUUGGAAUGCUGAUGGAAAACAAAGAGAAUAUUAUCAUAUUGUCCUGCUGGAAACAGUGAGGCAAGACACGUGUAUAUUUUUUUCCUAGGUAAUGUUCUAUAUUUAGUAAUGCUAAGGAAGAAAGAAAUGAGCUGGUUCUGUAUCAUCAUUCCCAUUCAGUACAAUACAAAGAAAGAGCAUCAAGAUGGUGAGAAGGUCACUGAUGAGUGUGUCAUGCAGAAAAUAAGCAUGAUGUGCAGAUUAUUAUUUUAAUUAUGGAAUGGACUGCCAUCCAAUUUCUGCUUCUUGCAGAAAUGUAUUGGAAGUCUGCAAACUGUCAUCCUACAUGUGGAAUAUUGAUUGCAUCAUGCAUUUCUGCCUCACACAAAAAUGUGUAAAAUUGAUUAUUCCACAGUCAGCCAAGACAGCUAGUAUGAUCCUUUGAUGCCCAGCCACACACCACAAUAACUUUGCCUACACUGUAUGUACCAUGUUGUUCCUGCCAGUGAUUUCUUGCCCAAUGUUAAGAUACAAAUCAAAAACUUGCGUUAAGUUACACUGCAAAACCUGAACUGUUUGUGCAUUGUGAUUGAUCAAUAGAGUGAAGAGUUGAGGACAUGACCUGUGCUUGUGGGUCAUACAUGUGGAUGAGAUCCUUUUAGCUCAUGGGUCAAUGAUAUUAAGUGGAGGUUAUAAACUGUCAUAUGUUUUCAUUAAUUUUUCUGCAUGGACUGUGAAUUCAAGAAACAUUUGAUAUGCUGAGAGUACCUCAGUCAGAAUAGUACAAUCCUACAGAAGAAAUUCUACUUGAGCCCCGCCCCUUUUUGUUCCUUCCAUUACUGUUGACUUAGAUCACAUUCGCUGCACUGCUCAGGUUCGCUGUUGAGAGCCUGGAGUGUCUCUGCAUGACCUGGUCCCCAAGUCUUGUCUGCUGUGCAUCCCUUUUCUAAAUGCGCAUGUUUCUCAUCCUUUUUGCCCAACCACACUCAUUUAUUUUUGCCUCAUAAGUGCUCAGACUACUCCAAAUUAUUCCUUUUCAUGAAUUAUACAAUAAAGUCAUGUUCUACUCUUUACAAUUGUUGUCAGCUGUGAAAUGAUUACCAGCAGUGACAAUGACUUAAACUGAAUGCCGACCUUCCAUGGCCCAUUUUUCAUUCAUAGAAUAAUCAGUAUUAUGUAAGAUGAAAAUAUGGGGGAGCUCAAAAAGUAAUGUCUUCAGUAACUGUGCCAUGACUGAACCUGUCCGUGGUGAGUCUGGACAGACAAGCCUUGGGCUACCGGGCGCUGGGUUUUACCGGGACUUUCGAGUGUCAUGGAGUUGAAACAUUCAUUCAGAGGUAUUUUCUGCAAUUAGACUUCCAGUGACAAUACUGUAGACAUAAUUAUGAUUUUAAUAAUGAUAGAUUUAGUCAUGUCUAUUAUCAAUUUGUUAUCAGAUAUGAAAGUGGCAAUCACUGGAUUUUAUUUCUUACCUCAGUUUAUUUUAGCUUCUGAUUGUUACAAGCCCUUCAGUAUAAUAUAAAUCCAUUUAACUUUGGGGUGAAUAACAUGAAAUUAAUCAUCAUGUACAAUUAUGUCACUGUAGUUUGAUUUUUUUCUUUCAAUGCUUCAGUGUUACAUUAUUAUUAUUAUUAUUAUUAUUAUUAUUAUUAUUAUUAUUAUUAUUAUUAUUAUGAUCAUUAUUAUUAUAUUUUUGUUGUUGUUCCAAUCAUUAUUUAUUCCAAACUCAAGUAAUCUUGCUGCAAAGAAAAAAUUGAGCCAGAAAUAUAAAAUGUCAAGAUAUUUAUUGUUUACACUGAUAUAUUUAUAUUGCUAUAUACGUACAUUUAUUGCCUUGUGUAUUUUAUUUUUCCAAGCAGAAGAAUUGAUGAAUCAUAUCCUGGCACUGUGUAAUAUAUUUUCCUGGAGAGAUCUAUCCAAGGGCAAGUAAAAUCUGUGCUAUAUCAAUCCAAGCACACACACACACACACACACACACACACGAGUUCUUGCUGCUGAUGUCAAUCAAAGAAGAAAAAAGUAUAAUGUGCGUUAAGGUAUUUGAUUUUCGUUUGCACUCACUGACGGUCACUGGUGUUGUGUGUGUGACGUGGAGGGUAGGAGGAGGAGGUGAUGCUGUGCUGUGGUGGUGUUGAGAGCAGUGUGCUGCAGUGAUGCCAUGUGUGGGAGUGUUGUUUACAAUGGUCAAGACAAAGUUAGGAGUCUUUCUAAGAGAUCUGGUGGGCUCUAGUUGCAGUAAAAGUUCUUUCAAAUGCACUCAUCAGGGGACUGACUGUGCGUGUGUCCAGUGUAAGACAAAGACAGUGCAUUGUGCAGACUUAUGCAGGGCCCUGCAAACUUUAGGAGUAUGUGAACAUGCAUACUGAAAAAGUGGCAAAGUAGAAAAAGGAAAUUAUUCCAAUGCAUGGAGCCAGUUACCAGGAUCCCACAAGAAUUAUUAUGUUUGACUCAGGAUUCCCUUACUGUGGUUUUCAUGGACUGUGCUGCGAGAGCCGUUGUGCCGUCAGGGUGGCCAGCAUGUCCCUGUGUGUGUAAUAAUUCAAUGUGUUCUCAUAAAUGAUCUUUUAUGUAUUAUGUGAGGAUGAAAGUAUGCAUAGUCUCUUGUAUAGUUUCCAUCAGAGGUGUGUGUGUGUGUGUGUGUGUGUGUGUGUGUAUAUAUAUAUAUAUAUAUAUA